CUUCUGAGUCACACUUCUUCAUCAGAGCACUGCCACUGUCUACAGCAGCAUAUCUACCCUCAAAAGGCUAAAAGAUCCCCGAAUUAUUAGAAUUCCCUACUCAAAAUAUAAUCAACUCAAAAGAAACAACCCAACCCACAAUGCCCCAAACCACAACAACUCAGGAACCAAGAGUAGGCAUCGGCGCCUUCAUCCUCAACAAGAAGGGCGAAGUCCUCCUAGGCAAGAGAAAAGGCAGUCAUGGCGCAGGUACCUGGGCUUUAGCCGGAGGUCAUCUCGAAUUCGGGGAGACCUUUGAGAAUUGCGCCGAACGGGAGGUCUUGGAAGAGACGGGACUGACUAUCCGUAACGUCCAAUUUCUGACGGCCACUAAUAAUGUCAUGCUGGAUGAGAAUAAGCAUUAUGUGACUGUUUUUGUGAGUGGGGAUAUUUAUGGUGAUGUUCUGGAGCCCGAGUUGAUGGAGCCAGAGAAAUGCGAGGCGUGGGAAUGGGUGGCUUGGGAGGAAAUUGUCGCGUUGGCUCAAGACGCCAUGGCUGGGAAGGAGAGUGGGGAGAAGAAAAAGCUGUUUUCGCCGCUGGUAAAUUUGGUAGAACAGCGGCCUGGAUUUCGUCCAGUCUUGAACUAGUAGCUGGUGCUUUUAUUCGAGUGCUUUCAAUCCUUCUAAUGGUUGUUACGAAAUCCUUUCAAAGUAUAUAUUGGUAGUUAUUGAUAAAUGAUGAUUAUGAGAUCUACGUUUCAAGUCA